AUGGUACGGUCCGAAAAUGAAACUCUCCCGUACCGGGAUGUAUCAUUAUGUGUCGAAGAUCGAGUGGAGGAUCUCCUCCAGAGGAUGACGGUACCCGAGAAGGCAGGACAGCUUUUUCAUCUUCAGAUGCAGAUGGGUCCCAACGGUACUCUGGAUCCCGGAAACGUUACAGCACGCCGCAACAGCAGUGAAAACAUGAUCGGCGAGAAGCUCAUGACACACUUCAAUCUCGUGGGAAACGUUGUCGACGUUCGGAUGACGGCCGAGUGGUACAACCGUAUCCAGGAGCGCGCGCUCCAAACCAGGCUUGGAAUACCGAUCACAUUGAGCUCCGACCCAAGACAUGCCUUCACAGAAAACAUCGGAACUGGUUUUGCGGCGAACCAGUUCUCUCAGUGGCCGGAAAGUCUGGGCCUUGCUGCUCUGCGAGAUGCGGAGCUCGUGCAAAAGUUCGCCGAGAUUGCACGCGAGGAAUACAUGGCGAUUGGCAUCCGGACCGCGUUACAUCCACAGAUAGAUCUUGUCACUGAGCCGCGGUGGGCCCGCAUUGGAAACACGAUGGGCGAGGACGCUAACCUGACAGCUGAACUUGUCGUCGCUUAUCUUAAGGGAUUCCAAGGUAAAGAGCUCGGUAUUCACUCGGUUUCGACUAUAACCAAGCAUUUCCCAGGCGGCGGACCCAUGGAGAAUGGAGAAGAUAGCCACUUCACAUACGGCAAGAACCAGACUUAUCCCGGCAACAACCUCGAAUACCAUCUUAUUCCGUUCAAGGCGGCUAUCGCGGCAGGUGCCCGUCAGAUGAUGCCUUACUACUCACGCCCGAUUGGUACUGAGUACGAUGAGGUUGGCUUUUCAUUUAACAAGGGCAUCAUCACCGACCUCCUUCGCGGUGAAUUGGGUUUCGAGGGCAUUGUCUGUAGUGACUGGGGACUUAUCACCGAUACUGUGAUUGCAGGGCAGGACAUGCCUGCCCGUGCCUGGGGUGUUGAGUACUUGACUGAGCUUCAGCGCGCAGCCAUGAUUCUCAAUGCAGGCGUUGAUCAAUUCGGGGGCGAGCAACGACCAGAACUCAUUAUCGAGCUGGUAGAAUCCGGCGUUAUCCCCGAGGAACGUCUGGACGUAUCAGUACGCCGCCUCCUCCGCGAGAAAUUCACCCUCGGUCUCUUUGACAACCCCUUCGUCGACGUCGAAGCUGCAGUCCAGGUUGUCGGCAACCCCUACUUCCGCCGCAUCGGCAACGAAACCCAGCGGAAGGCAUACACGCUCCUUACAAACACCGACGACAUGCUACCCCUCAAGUAUGACAGCAACAUCAAGCUCUAUGUUGAGGGCAUCGACGCAGAGUACCUCGAAACCCGCAACCUCACCCUCGCCUCCACGCCCGAGGAAGCUGACCUCGCCCUCAUUCGCCUUCAAGCACCCUAUGAACCCCGCUCCGGCGGCUUCGAGAAGAAUUAUCACGCCGGCUCGCUUGAAUAUAAUGCCACCGAAAAAGCUCGCCAAGCAGCCAUCUACUCUGCCGUGCCUACCAUCGUCGACAUGUAUCUCGACCGACCAGCUGCUAUCCCCGAGAUUGCUGAGUCUGCGAAGGCUCUAAUGGCGAACUUUGGAGCGGGUCCGGAUGCAUUCCUUGAUGUGGUGUUUGGGGUCGAUGGAGCGCAGCCUAUGGGCAAACUGCCGUUUGAUCUACCAAGGAGUAUGGCGGCUGUGGAGGCGAGCAUGGAGGAUGUGCCGUUUGAUACUGAGGAUCCUGUGUUCAAGUUUGGGCAUGGGCUGAGGUAUGCGGAGACGUGCUAG